CAACCCAACAUGGCGUUCGCCUGUCAAAAGAACAGUUACUUGAAAGAGUUAACUACAAAAGUUGUGUCUUGCACGCCCGCUGAGCUCAAGCAAGUAGUCAAUGGCAAGAAGCAAACACUUCAGGGCUAUGAGAUCAUCACAGAAGAUACUGUUCUUUUUCCAGAGGGGGGAGGUCAGCCGGAUGACAGAGGAACGAUGAAUGGCAUCGAUGUCCAUCGGGUGACAAGGAGGGGAGGUGACGCUGUCCUUUUUGUUGAGACGGCCAUUGAACCGGGCACAGAGAUCCUGCAGAAGGUUGAUUGGACCAGGCGAUUUGACCACAUGCAGCAACACUCAGCACAACAUUUGAUAACAGCUAUCGCAGAAGAGAGGUAUGGAUGGCCCACAACAUCUUGGGAUCUCGGCAAGGAGAAAUCCUUCAUCGAGAUGGAUACACCCAAGAUUGGUGUAGAGGAGAUGCAGGAACUGGAGAAAGAAGUCAACACAGCAAUCAGGAAGCAACUGGCGAUGACGCCAAGACUUGUAGAUCUAGGAUCUUCAGUGCUCAAUAGCGUACGAACAAGAGGACUGCCCGAUGAUCACGUCGGCCAAGUCCGCAUCGUAGAGAUCGAGACCAUCGAAGCCAACACUUGCUGUGGGACCCAUGUUGCCAAUCUUAGUCAUCUGCAGUCUAUCAAGCUUCUAGGUGCAGAGAAAGGGAAGAAAAGCAAAACCAACCUUUAUUUUCUGGCCGGCAACAGGGUGCUAGAUUACCUUGGGAAGUGCCUUACCAAUGAGAAACUUCUUACUGGAUUCCUCAAGUGCGGACCUGAUGGCCACCCACAGGCUGCAGAGAAGAUCCAGAAAUCAUUGAAAGUAGCCAACAAGAGCACCACCAUGUUGCUAAGAGACCUUGCUGCACUCGAAGCCUAUCGCUAUAACAACCAAGCUGACAAAGAUCCCGUCCUGGUUCUUCACCGGAAAGAGGGCGACUUGGAAUUCCUGAACAUGAUAGCAAAUGAAAUCAAUUUGCAGAAUUGCUUAGCACUGCUCACAGCUGGUGAUGAAAAGGGUGCUGGGAUGUUCUUAGCUGCAGGCCCAGAUGACAUCAUCAAAGAAGUCGGACCUAAGAUUGCCGAAUGUUUAGAGGGGAAAGGAGCAAGCAAGACUGGUCGUUACCAAGGCAAAGCUAACAAGAUGAGCAAGAGGUCUACAGCAGAGGAGGUGCUGCGUUCUUACACCCAGAAACUCACAGCAGGCUAAAUAUAUACUACUCAUGAACAUGAAAGGAACGCGUUGAUGCCAUAGCUUUGAUUGAAUGUUACCACUUCAAGAGGUAUCAAGGUUGUGUUAAACUCACUGCAGGUGAAGUUUAUUGUUUUCUAAACAGUAUUGAAUAGAGUAAGGUAAAAUCAUGCGUGUCUGUGGCUUGCUGGACCAAAGUGUGUCCAGCUAGCCCCAUAGGGUGCUGCUUUUGAUGGAAAACUGAAAAAGGUUGUGACGUGAUCGUGCUCCUUGUGAGUGGUGUAGUUGUCAAAUGCACAUGAAUUCAAAGCCCUUGGUCGGCUUCUGAGAUGCACAGGUGAGAGGUUAGUCCCUGUCAUUGUUUGCUAUUCUUGAGAAAAUUCAUAUAUUAUAUGUAAAUCUUGUUGAUUUAUCUCUUAGGUGUAUUGGAUGAUUUGAAACAUAAGGAUUUUCUUUUAUUUUCCUGAAGUAGCAGCUGGAAGCUGCAAUGCAAUAAACAAAAGUUUUCGCAUUUGUUAGUUUUGUUUUGUGUUUGUGAUCACAAAUGGAGAUACAAGGAAUUGAUAUGCAGACAUUUAAAUGUCACACUUUUUUUCAUGAUUAUUUAUGAUACCUUUUAAUGGUUUUCACAAUGGCACUGAUCAUUGAGCUCAUCAUGGGCGGAGAUCCUCGGGGUGAGGGAUAUAUACCCCCCACACUUUUUGACCUGUGAGAUAACCAAUAUAAUCAUUCCCCCCCCUUUCAAGUCACUGACUAUGCACACCCUUAGCCUGCACCACCGUACUCUGCACAUGUCGGUGUCAUGAUGUCACCUGGGAUGGAGGCCACGCUGAGCUUUCAGAUAUCAUCCCCUCCUCCAUAUGUGACAAGAAAUCUCUGCCCAUGGCUGUCAUUAAAUACUGUUUUGUAAAGUGGUUGAAUCAUGUAAUCAAGAAUGCGUUUUCUCUGAUUGAGCAUAAAAAAAGCAAAGAAGUUGAACAGUACAGCUUUUUAAAUUCGUUUUCAUAACUUAAAUGAGAAAUAAGCCCCAAACAAAAUUUCCCCAACAUUUUACAUUUGAAGCUAAAACAUCGAAGAAUAAUUAUACCGGCGGUCAUUAUUUUGUGAAUACAACAGUGCGGAUUGACAUUAAAUCACACCGAAAGAAAACAUGAAGUUUGUAAUUUGACUUUGAAUAGAAUAAAGUUGAACAGUACAGCUUUUUAAAUUUGUUUUCAUAACUUAAAUGAAAAAUAAGCCCCAAACAAAAUUUCCCCAACAUUUUACAUUUGAAGCUAAAACAUCGAAGAAUAAUUAUACCGGCGGUCAUUAUUUUGUGAAUACAACAGUGCGGAUUGACAUUAAAUCACACCGAAAGAAAACAUGAA